CGAAAACCCUCUUUGAAUGAGGAAAGCGAGGGACUUGUUCAGACGCAUUCGUAGCAAGAGCUUCUCCUCUUCCUUCACGACUGAUCGGAAGCUUACUCCGCCUGCGAUGGAGGAUUUGUCCGAGAGAUACUGUUUCGAACCGGUUCUGCUGUGGAAACCUGAGGUUGAGAACUACUUCUCCAGAGCAUAUGGAGCUGAACAUUUCGCACGUAUCUCCAAAGCUCUAACGCGUCCAUCUUGCUACUCUUGUAUACGCGUGAACAUACUCAAGUCCACGCCAGAUGUUGUUAAAGAGAAGUUGUUGGCGAUUUUGAAAGAAAAUGAGACUGAAUUUGGUUCUGAAAACUUGAAUCUAAGCCAAACUGAUUUUGGUGGUGAUUCAAAUUCAAAUAUGGGCAUGAAGCAGAAUAGAUUUUGUACUGAAACCAGUGAGUCUCAGAAGUUGGAUGAUUCUGGUAAGGCAGCCUCAGGACCAGUUGAUGACUUUACUAAUAUGUUUAAUGGAAACUUACAAAAGGGUCCAAUUUCGAAGUGUGAGUUUCCAGGGUUAGACUAUGUUCUGUUUGUCAAGGGGUCAGGACCACACGUGAUUGAUUAUGGUUAUGUAGAUGGCAUGCCUCCGAAGGAGGUAGUUGUCAGUCGGAAAUGUGCUGAGGCAGUUCUUCGAGGUGCUCAGGUCUACGUUCCUGGAGUACUGGCUUGCAGUGCUCAUGUUGAGAAAGGCGAUGAAGUUGCGGUUUCAGUUGCUAUAGAGCAGCCUAUUGAGAGCGGGUGGGGCUCUGGUAUAACACGAGGGACCAUUAUGCAGGGUUCACACACAGAUCCUUAUCAUUCUGAAAGAAAUGGGCUAUAUAUUGGCAAAGGAAAAGCAAUGUUGUCAAGGUCUGGAAUCUUCCGUGUGCUGCAAGGAGUUGCUGUGGACAUGUGUGAUAGAGUAUUCAAACUCCCUUCAUUUUAUGAAGUGCUUGAGGGAGAAAUAUUUCUACAAAAUCUACCAAGCAUUAUUGCUGCUCAUGCCCUAGAUCCUAAAAAAGGUGAAAGGAUAAUAGACAUGUGUGCAGCGCCUGGAGGAAAAACAACUGCUAUUGCAAUUCUUAUGAAAGAUGAAGGAGAAAUUAUUGCUGUUGAUAGAUCUCACAAUAAGGUGCUCAAUAUUCAGAAAUUGGCUGCAGAAAUGGGAUUGAGGAGUAUAACAACGUAUAAAUUAGAUGCUCUGAAAUCGGUUCGUCAGAAGAAUGAAUGUGAUGAUACAACUAAUCUAGCCAGAAGUGAUGAUAUGAUUAAUCUAGCCAUUAGAGAGGAUAGUAACAGUGUAAGUUCUGACUCAAUGACAUUACAAGUGGAGAAAAAUGCAUCAGUUGUUUUAGAUGGAUUAAGUGCUGAAAAGGCAGUUGAGAAAACUGUUAGCAAUGAAAAAGCCAAUGAGAGAACUUACAUUAGCAAAGCUGAAAUCAGGAAGAAUCUACGAAGAAUGCGAAAUGGGCCUGGACGAAAUCAGAGCACAGGUGGUAGGGGUGAAAAUUCAAAAGGUUUUGCUCCUAACAGCUUUGAUCGUGUCCUUCUUGAUGCUCCGUGUUCUGCAUUAGGUUUGAGACCUCGACUCUUUGCUGGAGAGGAAACAAUGGAGUCCUUGAGAAACCAUGGAAAAUAUCAAAGAAGAUUGUUCGAUCAAGCUGUUCAAUUAGUUCGAUCAGGCGGAGUCAUAGUCUAUUCCACAUGUACAUUAAAUCCCGGUGAGAAUGAAGCUUUGGUUCGAUAUGCUCUGGAUACGUACAAGUUCCUUUCGUUGGCACCACAACACCCCAGAAUUGGAGGACCUGGACUUGUCGGUCAGUUCCAAUUUCCUGAUGGUUAUGUUGAGAAGUGGUUAAGACCCGGCGAGGAAGAACUUGUUCAGAGGUUUGAUCCAUCAUCGCCACUCGAUACUAUUGGCUUUUUUAUAGCUAAGUUCUCUGUUGGUUCGAAAGAAACCUGACGUCGCAAAAAUGUGCAACCCAACCAACUUAAAAUAGUAUUAAAGAUCACAGCAAUGAAUUAGAAUAGUUUUCCACAUUUACUCACCAUAUUGAGUUUUUUCCUUGUAUUAACACAGCUUGAUAAAUAAAGUGAUGUAUUUUUGCAUUAGAAGUAGGGAAAAAAAUGGAGGAAAAUAGUUUCCUAAAAUUUUGUAGAAGAGUUUUUUGAAUAUGUUUUCUUUCUGAAUUUA